AUGGCUGCAAUCGCUUCAGAUGAUACCCGAGUCCUCGGACAGGAUCCCUUGAUCCCUCCGGCUCUCCUAACCUCGGAGAUUCCCAUGACCGAGAGCGCCACCAACACCGUCGUCAAGGCCCGAAACGACGCCGCCGAGAUCAUCUUGGGCACCAGUGACCGCCUGCUCGUCGUCGUCGGCCCCUGCUCCAUCCACGACCCUGCCACCGCCCACGAAUAUGCUGCGCGCCUCAAGGCCCUCGCCGACAAGCUCUCCAACGACCUGUGCGUCGUCAUGCGCGCUUACCUCGAGAAGCCCCGGACCACCGUCGGCUGGAAGGGCCUGAUCAACGACCCUGAUAUCGACAACUCCUUCAAGAUCAACAAGGGCCUCCGUGUCUCCCGCCAGCUCUUCGUCGACCUGACCUCAAACGGCAUGCCCAUUGCCACCGAGAUGCUCGACACCAUUUCCCCCCAGUUCCUUGCCGACUGCAUUUCAGUCGGUGCCAUCGGUGCCCGCACCACUGAGUCCCAGCUUCACCGUGAGCUUGCCUCCGGUCUGUCUUUCCCCGUGGGCUUCAAGAACGGCACUGACGGUGGCCUCACUGUCGCCAUCGACGCCAUUGGCGCCGCCCAGGCCCAGCACCACUUCAUGGGUGUGACCAAGCAGGGUCUCGCUGCCAUCACUCGCACCAAGGGUAACGAGCACUGCUUCGUUAUCCUGCGAGGCGGAAACAAGGGUCCUAACUACGACAAGGAGAGCGUCCAGGCUGCCAAGAAGGCUCUCAUCGACAAGAAGCAGACUGUUGGCAUCAUGGUUGACUGCUCGCACGGCAACUCCCAGAAGAACCACCUCAACCAGCCCAAGGUUUCUAAGGCGGUUGGCGAGCAGCUCCGCGAGGGUGAGAAGGCCAUUGUUGGUGUCAUGAUUGAGUCCAACAUUGGUGGGGGUAACCAGAAGGUCCCCGCUGAGGGCCCCGCCGCCCUAAAGCCCGGUGUCAGCAUCACCGACGCUUGCAUCGACUGGGAAUCCACCGUCGAUGUCCUCGAGGACCUGGCCGAGGCCGUCCGCACCCGCCGUGAGAUCAACGCAGCUAAAUAG